AUGGAUCAAAUGCUCACCUACGAGGCGCUACUCUUCCCCGCCGAUGGACGUCCGCCUCAUCUGGUCGGGCUUACGACGAGUCUCGACGCUAUUUCUACGAGCGAAUAUUACUCGGGACGCGUCCAAGCUACGCGUAUCCCGCACCCUGAAGUCUAUAUGGAUUACAUUGCCGAGAUUGGCUCUCGCGCCUGGCAAUACCACCCCGUUCACGCGCUGGAUGGAAUGUCCAAAAAUCUUCCGAACCCUUACGCGAUUUUCUAUCCCGUCAUUUCACGUGAUGGGAUGCCUUUCCCCGUUAACAAAUGCGUCAAGGAGAUUCAAGGGAAGAAUUUUCGCGAAGAGACGGCAUGGCGAGGCAAUCUCGUCGUCGCCAAGUUUACAGACACGACCUACACCGCUAUGGUGGACGCGUCCAUGGCCGACUUUCCGCUCAUCAAAAACUAUCUUCUGACUCACCAUUCUCCAGUAAAGGUAAGCAGACGUUCAUUGCAAUUUCUGCCCGCAUAA